AUGCAUCAGCGAAAACCAUUAGUCACAACGUUAGCCCUCACGAGAAUGGCGACUGCAGGAGACCUUGUUGCCAAGUACAAAAGAUGCGGAGCGUUUGACGAGGAAAGAGCGAAACUAUUCGAAUCUCUAGGUAGCUCAGACUAUAUCACAUCCUUGAAAACACGUAUCGAGGAGUUCGUCGCCAAAGAGGUGGAGAAUAACUUGCAGCUUCUAGAUGGAGACACUACCAAAUCAGCAGCCUUGUUGGAGGGUGCGGUCACGAGGGCAAUCGUUCAGAGCGACGAAAACAAAAAAGUCCAGCAGGAGGCUAUCGACCACAUUUUGACAAUUGCCCAAAAAGAUGUGUUGGCGAAAUUAAAAACUCUGCAGUAA